AUGGAUAUAUUCCUCUCAUUAUUUUUGACGGUUUUGCGAUUGUUCCGUUAUGUAUUGGAUAUCGUCUCAGAAACAUUGUUCAGCUGGUUUUACUGUGGGAAACACGAACGUUUGCCUCCUAUCAAAAGCCGACACUUGUUAGAACCUGCAAAUGUUAUUGCUGCUAAAAUACGCAGGCGAGAAAUAACAUCGACAGAAGUUGUGAAAGCAUACAUUCAGCGCAUCAGAGAUGUACAUCCAAUUGUAAAUGCUAUUGUUGAUGAAAGAUUUGCUGAAGCUAUUGAAGAGGCUAGAUAUGUUGAUGAACUCCUCGAAAAUACCUCAAAAUCUGAGGAAGAAAUUGCGGAAGAGACUCCAUUACUCGGAGUGCCAGUAACGAUAAAAGAAGCCAUUGCUGUAAAGGGUUGCCUUUUUACUGUUGGCCUUCCUGCGAGGAAAGGUUUUAGAGCUACUUCUGAUUCUGACUCAUCUGCACUCCUGAAGCAGGCAGGAGCUAUACCAAUUGCUGUGACCAUCACUCCAGAACUUUGUUUUUGGUGGGAGUCAUACAACACUCUGUAUGGUCGGUGCUGUAAUCCGUAUGAUACUACAAGAACUUCAGGAGGAAGUAGUGGUGGCGAGGGCUGUAUUUUGGGUUCUGCCGGAUCUGUGAUUGGCGUUGGCAAUGACAUAGGAGGAAGCAUCCGUAUUCCUGCAUCUUUUAAUGGCGUAUUCGGACAUAAACCCUCUAGAGGGGUUGUGAGCAAUGCUGGACAAUAUCCUACUGCUGCGCCUCCUUUACAAUCAUUUUUGAUGACUGGCCCUAUGUGUCGUUACGCAUCAGAUCUGAUGCCUGUGUUGAAAAUUUUAGCCGUUGAUCAUGCUAAGAAAUUAAAGCUUAAUGAAAAGGUAGAUUUCAGAGAUCUAAAAAUAUAUUAUAUGGAAAAUGAUGGUGGCAAUCCCUUAAUAUCUGCUGUAAAUCCUGAAAUUACAAGGGCUCAAAUGAAGGUGUUGGAUUAUUUUUAUGAAACUUAUGGACUGAAACCCGAAAAAGUGAGCAUAAAAAAUAUGAAGCAUAGCUUUGAAAUAUGGUCAAAAAUAAUAACUACUUCUGACAUGAAACCCAUUACCGUUGAGAUGACUGGUCGAAAUGGGGAUGCCAACAUUUUCGUUGAGCUCAUGAAAUGGCUCUUUGGCGUAUCUGAUCAUAUUCUUCCAGUUAUAGUCUCUGCCUUCAUGAACAAGAUCUUGACUCCAAAAACAGAGAAGCAAGCCUGCAAAUUUUAUCAAAUGUUGAAUGACAUUGAGAAGGAAUUUGAAAACAUCUUGGGAUUCAACGGCAUAUUCGUCUACCCAACGGGGCCAGACUAUGCGCCAUAUCAUGGCCAGGCCUUACUGAAACCCUUCAACGUUUCGUACACUGCCAUUUUCAAUUUGUUGGGGUUGCCAGUGAGUCAGUGUCCAAUCACUCUGAGUAGCAAAGGGUUACCAAUUGGGCUUCAGAUUGUCAGCGGCCUCUACAAUGAUCACAUUACUAUUGCUGUUGCAGAAGAACUGGAGAAAGCCUUCGGUGGAUGGGUUAGCCCAUCUUCAGAGAUUUGGCAUUCACAUGCAAACACUCCUGCAAAUUAG